ACGCGCGCAGCCAUCAUUCAGCGUGUUCUCUCAGCCUCCGUGACGGUGGACAAGGAGGUCGUCUCGUCCAUCGGAAAGGGCAUCCUCGUCUUUGCGGCCGUGGCGCCCGGGGACACGGAGAAGGAGAUGAAGACGAUUGCUGGCAAAGUGACUAAGAUGAAGCUCUGGGACGACGAAUCAGGAGGCAGGUUCACGCUGCUGGCUAGGACGAAGAAGGGCACGAAGCCUGAUUUCCACGGCGCGGCCAGUCCGGAGGAGGCUAAGCGGCUUUACGAGUACUUUGUCGCUGCCGUCAAGGAGGAAUACGAUGCCUCGCACGUGGCUGAUGGCCGGUUCCAGGCCAUGAUGGAGGUUGCCCUGGUUAACGACGGCCCGGUGACGUUGGAGCUGCAGGCGGGUGGAACGCUGGCCGAAUGA